CUGGAUUGUAUCCUGGUUGCAUGCUGUUUACAACCAGUAUACAGUUCAGUCGACGUCGGGUGAAAAGUGAUAACUCAACACUACUUAAUUAAUUUUGCAUUUCUGCAGCACUGUAUUUUGUUUGUUGAAAGUUCACUGCGAAAAGAUCUAUAUACAGUAUUUUGAGUAUGACUGCUUGAUGUUAGGAUCGCAUCAGUCCGGAAUACAUACAAGUAGAUACAACAUGGGAACACGAUCCGGAUUAUUGGGAAAUCUUUCGAUUGCGACAUUGAUCACCGUGCUGUUUCGACUGUUUUUUGCUUCUGAAUUCUCGUUCAUUGCAUGCUUUGCAGUGUUUUCGGUGGCUUUCACGGCAACUACGGUGUUGGACAUUGCAUCCCGCGAUGUCGCACGUUCUCAUUCUCUCCGUUCCGCUCUGGACCAGUAUUUCGCGUUAAACUUUCUGAACCUUCUCGGAUGGAUUUUCUACAAAAUCCUGUUGAAAGAUACUAAAAACAUCCAACAAACCCAAACUCGCACUCUUCUUGGAUUUCUCCGCGCCAAUAGCACGUCGGAAUUCGGCAUGCAGCAUCAUUCCUCUUCAGUAAAGAAUACGGAAGAUUUUCGCCGCCAGUUUCCCCUGACGACAGACGCGGAUUACGAGUCGUCCGUCCAGCGCAUGAUGGACGGCGCACGGAAUGUUUUGACGAGCAAACAGCCCGUCGUCUUCGCAGUGACGUCAGGCACGUCGGGGCGGAGCAACAUCCUGCCGUUCUUACGGAAACAGCGGGCUGUGUUUUUCUUCCGCGGCAUCACGGUGAUGAGCCAUAUCAUGAUGAAGCAUUUUCCUCAGACCAAAUGUUUACGAAAGGGUGUUAAAUUCUUUUAUUCGCCACGAUGGCGGACAUCCCCAGCCGGCAUCCCGAUUGGCCCGAAUUCUUCCUCCCCGACAUCCACAAAAUCCAUUCUCCAUUUGUACAGCACGCCGAAAGUGGGAUAUGAUAUUGCAUCGGAACCGGAUGCCCUGUACGUGCAUCUGCUUUUCGCUUUAAAGGACCGCGAAAUCGGUCUGAUCGAGGCCAACUUUGCGUCACUCGUCUACUAUGCUUUCCAGUUUUUGGAAGCAAAUAAAGACGAUUUAAUUGAUAAUAUACGGAAAGGAAGAGUGAAGUCCGGUUUGAGUUUUACACCUGAAAUUCGCGUUGAACUGGAAAAGCUGUUGACUCCGGAUGAACAGCGUGCUGAUGAUAUCACCGAUGCGUUUGCUAACGGCAGUGUUGGAAUUGCCAAACGACUUUGGCCAAAAAUGGCUCUGGUACUGUGCGUGGAUUCCGGUGCCUUUGGAAAUUACGGGCAGGUUUUACGCGAGAAAUAUUGUGAAGGUGUUCCAUUGUAUUCUCCGUUGUACGCUGCAACCGAAGGAUUAAUUGGGUUGAACGUUUGGCCUUUACAUUGUCCAUCUCGCUAUCUGCUUAUGCCGACUGCUAUGUUUUUUGAAUUUAUACCGCUCGAUCGAAUGGAUGAGCUGCAGCCAGAAACGCUGUUACUCCAUCAGGUAAAAUGCGGAGAACCGUAUGAAGUCGUACUGACCAAUGCCAGUGGCUUAUGCCGGUUCAGGUUUGGCGAUGUGGUGCGGGUUAUCGAUUUCGUUAACCAGUGUCCCGUUGUGGAAUUUUUAUACAGAAAAGGACAACUGCUGAACGUUAGAGGCGAAAAAACAUCGGAGAAAGCAUUAUAUGAUGCACUGAUGACAGCUGCGCGGGAUGUGGGCGCGGAACUGGUUGAUUACACCACUUGCGAAAGCGUUUUACUUGGAGAACUGAAAUACCAAGAUCAAUCCCGGAAGUUGCCGUUUUAUGCGAUAUUUAUUGAGUUUAGCGAUGUGCGGAAAAUGUGGGCAGCAAGCGAAAUGCGAGAUCUGGCAGCAAAGAUUGACGAAGCCCUCCAAGAUUCAUCUUAUGUUUACAAAUCGUUUCGGACUAAAAACGCUGUGGGACUCCCGGAAGUAUAUGUUCUACGUUCUGGUGCCUUUUCUGCUUUGCGGGCAUUUUUGCUAACGAAUUCCGAGGCCUCUGCCAACCAGAUAAAAAUUCCGCGAGUUAUGAAGAAGACCCAGUCGGUCGAGUUCUUGCUGAACAAAAUUGUUAAAGAUUGAUACGCCUGCUGUUAUGAUGGUCUAUCAUUACGAACAUGAUUCUGUGGUUACUGUGAUAUCGGUUUAUUACGACUUUUUACAUGAAUUGUUUGGAAUACCCUGUUAUUGGCAGUAAGAAAAUAACAAA